AUUUUAUUCAAUAUUUGCUUGGACUGCUUUUUCCAGAGUGGAAAAUUUAAAUUAAUAAAAAGGAGAAUUUACGGAGGAACUAUUUAGUAAUAAUGUUCCUGAAGUAUUAAGAAUUUUUAUAAAGAAAAUUUUAUUAAUGCAGGGAAAUUUUAUCCUCAAGCUUUUUCUAAGAGAUGUUAUUAAACAAAUCUUCAAAUUAUGGGCAUAAUUCCAGAAUCAAAUGAGUAUUUUAGAAAAAGCCUGCUUAAAUGGAUACCAAAAGCCAUUUGAUAAUAAUCAUAAUAUGAACAACAAAAUAUUUUAAAUUAACCUUUCAAAUUUGAAUCAAACACCCCACAACCACAUUUAAUUUGAAAGGAAAGCAAAAUAAAUAAAAAGAAAAGAGAGAAGAUGCCAUAUGGAAAGAAAAAGGAAAAAAUAAAAUAAUAUGUGGUGUCGUUUUUUCUUUUGUAUAUUCUUAUUUUUCAUGGUCAUCUUCUCCUUCUUUCUCUAAAUCAACAUCUUCAGCUCUUUCAUUUUUCUCCUUGUCUUCUUAUUCUCAAAACUACAGUUCCUCGUAGAUAUAAUUUUAGAGAAUUAGAGCUUUUAGAAUUAUUAUUACAACGUUUUUAAUAACAUAAAGCUCCUUAAAUUGAAAGGAGUAGCGAGAUUUAAAAACAAGAAAUAGACAUGA